AUGCAAUUCCACGAGCAAUCUAUCUGCAAGGCGCGCCGCUCGACGUUCUUCCUCCCGCCCCCCGGAAACGUUCUCUCCUCUUCGGGCCCAGAACGCCGCAUCAUCGCGGCCAACACCUUCCCUUGUAUCGCCGAGCUAGAGCAACGCGAACGCCGCAUCGAAUUCAUCCUGCGCAGCGAUUUCAUCGAGGUAUCGGGACCUCCCGGCAUUGGGACGCUGACCGUCCGACAACAAGAGCGCCUCGUCUCCCUGCUUAGACGCGCCCUGUAUCACUGCGACCGCAUCGCCGACAUCGCCGCCAAUGUCCCCCAGGCGGAGAUGCCGGAGCAGUACUACGACUUGAUCAGCUGCAGCGUCUGGGAAGUGGGCACGGGUUUGCCGACCACGUUGCGCAACUUCGACCCUUUUACCAAUAUCCGCGCGCGAGAGCCACAGAUCGAGUACAUCAAGUCGCUCUCGCUGGAGGAUCUCGUGGGACUGUUCUAUACCUUCAGCGUUGCGGGUAUGGGAUUCUUGCGCGCGCGCCAGUAUGACACAUCGGACCCUGAAGUUUUCGAGAAAAUCACCGUCUUCGAGGAAUCCUUACUACGGCACGGCACUUGGUUCCUCUGGUCGCUGCAGAACAACGGAAAGGGCGGCAUUGGUGUCGACACGACCAAUAUCACCACUGCCACCACGACCACGGCGGGCAAGGACGGCAAGGAGAGCGCGAACUACAUGGUGAUGCAGGAAAUCGCCGGGCAUAUGCUCUCAGCCGGCCUGGUGGAGCUGCGAGAUUGGGAGACCGGAAAGAACAGGAACGGGCCUAGGGGGCUGCGGAUGAGCGUCUUGACGGCUGCCGAGGAGAAGAUGGUGGGCGAGAGGAAGGAGAGUUCUUCUCACGAUACAAUCACAAUACCGUUUGAUUCAUCUCGUGGUUUCUACGAAGGAAUCUGCUGGCGAUCCCCACUAUAUCAUGGAGUUUGCGAAAUGAAUUAUACAAAUGUCAUCGAGCCUCCAAACAAGCCCUCCUCUCCAAUGGACUCCCUGCAGUUGCAAUCAUGCGACAGGAAGGGCUCAACUCUUUCACUCAGGCAGUCUUGA